AUGACUGAACAACUUCAAGUCCCACAAAAUACUCAACGCAGAAAAUCAUCCUUUGAUAGUAUCCCAAUCAUUGGUGCUCACUUACGCAAAAAACAAGCUGAAAAUAUCACUACCCCAUAUCUUGUCCGCUAUAUGCUUCUCUUUAGUGACUUUUUCCGUAACUACCCUACCAUUCUUACCCCAUACGAAAUCGCCUACUUUAUUAAAAUCUUUCAUCUCCCUGUUAAAAAUACUCAAAUUACAGAAACUCAACCUACAGAUUCUGAUUAUAGAAAACUAACAGAUAUCCCUCAAAAUGAACUCUCAAAAUAUUUUGAUGCUGCCCUCUUAACUCUCGAUGAUGGUAAAGUACUAAGUGCUGGCCAAAUCCGUUCCCUCGACCCCGCUGCGGCUGACACUUUGGGAAUGUUUGAGCGCCGUGCUCUCAGAGAAUACCUCUCUACAACCCCCCGUGUUCUUUCAUUACUCUAUGCAAUUUUCGAACUUGACGCUAAUGAUACAUUUGUACGUCAAUUCUCAAGAACAAGUGAAUCAGAAACUGGUGUAGUCUUUGACGUUGUUUUGUUGCAGUUUCUUAUAGAUUACGUGUAUAAAAAUGCCCGUUUUGCCCAGGAAUUUAUCUUCCCUAACGCCGCGGACCUAGAAGAUUUGCAAAAUUAUGUCCGCAUCUCUCCCUCUGCCCGUUGCUUUAACCUCAAGGGUCUUGUUUCAACUUAUGGCCAAGUAACUCAAACUCGCAUUGAUAAUGAUAUGGCUGGAAAUAGACGUUAUGAAACUCAAUAUUUUGAAUUAUCUUCAGAAGAAGAAGAAUCUGAUUCCCAAUCACAACAGCAACUUCAAGUACCUUCUUCUGAUGAAAAACCUCGUCGCAACAGUGAUAAUGCUGAUUUAAACAAGUUACGCAAACUUAGCGUUUCCGGAACUGCAGUAUUUGUCGAUGGUGCCUUUCGCAAACCUCAAGAUGUCUGGCGUUACAUUUAA